AUGCCCAAACUUGAGCCUAUCAGCCUGACGGUGCAUGUUCCUUAUACCCGUCGCUUCCCAACAUUAUUUGACUCGAUAACUACCCUGAAAAGGCGCCUCAACGAGCACUUUGGACUCGAAGGAGCCGUGCCCUUACCGCAUGUUAAUCCAGUGUCCGCCGUAUUUAUCGUUGAGGGGAGCCUCCGUGGCAAGAAAAAGGUCGUCUCAACUCACAUUCUAUACCGUGAAUAUGUCAAGCCUUGGGUUCAGCUUGGAAUGAUGAUGUUCGCAUGCUUACCAAAGUGA